UACAGUGUGAUAACGGCAUGGAACUAAUAUCCAAGUCAACCGUUGAAGUCAAAAUUCUGGGCUGGCAAACUUUAGUUAGGAGUCCCUAUUUUAGAAAAUAUUAUUUCAAGCAGGCCUUGUUUUUAUCCAGAGAGUGUAUACAGUAUAAUAAAACUCAGCACACCAAGAUUUAUAGUUCUUGUGUUUUUCUCCCUAAGUAGAGUUAAAACUCCUUCAAUAAAGUGAUUGUGUUAUCAACCACUGCAUAUUCUUAAGUACCAGGAUGCUUGACUCCAGGCAGAUGCUGAGAGAGUCUGUUGGGUGAGUGAAUGUAUAUCAAUGAAAAUCAAACAGAGGAAAUUUUCUUUAUAUAUUUUAGUGUUCUUGUUUUGUGUGUGUGUGUGUGAUGGUUACUGGCCCUUCUCUAAGAAUAAUGGAGAAAAGGUGUUAGUUUAUACUGUCACACAGGGCAGUCAUAGGAGACUCUGACAAAGCAAAUCAAUCAAUGUUAAAUCAGAAAUGAGAAUGUAGUAAGGGGGUGAAGAGACAGGAAGAAAAUACAUGGGAAAAUAUUGAAAAGGACAGAGUGAUCGAAAACAGCAGGGACAUGGGAACAUUGGGCGGCACUCUGGGAGCCAUUUAGUUUCAUGCUUAUUGUAUGAUUGAGGAAAAAAUAGGUCCUUAGUGGUUAAGUGGCUUUUCAAUGCCACGUCAGACUUGUUCCAUAGCAGUUGAAUUAUGGGAAGGUGAGUAAGUUGGAAGUUGGUGACAAGGAGAGAAGUUGAAAACUAGAGAGGAGAGUCAGAACCAGAGGGAAAUGAGAGACUAAAUAGGCAUCUCAGGGUUUUUGGAGUGAAUUUUCUUUGUUGCAGUCAGGGGAGGUUUGUCUGUUGGUUGCAGAAAGAAGUCAGAAUAGAGAUAUCGUGGGGGUAGGUUUGUUUGGAACAGAAAUCAAAGACCAUUUUUUCUGAGAGAAGGAAAUAACAUCUGCAAAUGACAUGCUGUUUUUGCUACUUCCAUUGCUAGCUGUUCUCCCAGGUGGUGGCAAUGCAGACGGGCUCAAGGAGCCUGUCUCCUUCCAUGUCAUCCAGAUCGCAUCUUUUUACCACCAUUCCUGGAAACAAAAUCUGAUCUCAGGUUGUCUGGGUGAUUUGCAGACCCACACCUUGGACAGAAAUUCCAGCACCAUCAUUUUCCUGUGGCCCUGGUCCAGGGGAAACUUCAGCAACGAGGAGUGGAAGGAACUGGAAAUGUUAUUCCAUAUACGCUGUGAUCGGUUCCUUGAGGAAAUGCAUAGAUACUCCCGUGAAUUACAGAUUGAGUAUCCUUUUGAGAUACAGGUGACAGGAGGCUGUGAACUGCACUCUGGAAAGUUCUCAGGAAGCUUCCUUCGGUUAGCUUAUCAAGGAUCAGAUUUCAUGAGCUUCCAGAACAAUUCAUGGUUGCCAUCUCCAGUGGCUGGGAAUAUGGCCAAGCGUCUCUGCAAAAUGCUCAAUCAGAAUCAGCAUAAAAAUGACAUAACACAUAGUCUCCUCAGUGACACCUGCCCACGUUUCAUCUUGGGUCUUCUUGAUGCAGGAAAGGCACAUCUCCAGAGACAAGUGAAGCCCGAGGCCUGGCUGUCCCAUGACCUCAGUCCUGGACCUGGCCAUCUACAGCUUGUGUGCCACGUCUCAGGAUUCUACCCAAAACCUGUGUGGGUGAAGUGGAUGCGGGGUGAGCAGGAGCAACAGGGCACUCAGCGAGGGGACAUCCUGCCCAAUGCUGACGGGACAUGGUAUCUCCGAGCAACCCUGGAGGUGGCCGCUGGGGAGGCAGCUGGCCUGUCCUGUCGGGUGAAGCACAGCAGUCUAGAGGGCAAGGACAUCAUCCUCUACUGUGAACAUCACAGUUCCAUGGGCUUGAUCAUCUUGGUGGUGAUAGUGCCUUUGCUGCUUCUGAUAGGUCUUGCGCUUUGGUUCAGGAAAUGCUGGUGAGUUCUUUGCAUGUGUCUUUCUUACUCUUAGUCCCUACCCCACUUGUCUUCCCCUGUUUUUUGUUUCUCUCUCCUCAGUUCUUCUCUCCCCAGUCCCCUUCCCUCUUACUCCUCAAUUCUUAGCUCCACCUUAUUCACAGUGACUUCUAUCUCUGUUUUCAUCCAGUUUCCGUUAAGAUACACCAUGAUCCUCCUUGUUACCCUUCUCCUUUUGGGGUGAGAGACCAGCAGUCCAACAGCUCAGGAUACACCUGAACACAUCGUGGUGAUGACGUCCUCUAACUCUCCUUGUAAAACGUUUGUCAGUUUUGCUUGUUUCUGAUUAAUGAUCAUUUGUCAAUAUAAGCUCAAUUUAGUUUUGCAGGAUUUGUUGUUCUGACCUCGGUUCUGGGACUUUAAAAUUCAAAUUUUAUCUCCAAAUGGAAUGGGAUCCUAGCAAUCUUCACAUGUUCAACUAUUAAUGGAUCAUCAGGCUUGUUAUAGAUGUCCCUUAUUCCCGAGGGCCUUCCCUGACUCACAAGUGGGAAGCGGUCUCUUCCUGGUCUGAACUCCCACCACAUUUCAGCCGUACUUUGCUAACUGUACUCCUCACUUCCUCUCCUUCGUUGCAGCUAUUUAGGUCCCCCUUUUCCUCCUAAUUUUUCUACUCCUUCAAUGCAAAGUAUGUGUGUUUUGAAUAUAUGCAUCCCUGGUGUUGGAUCUUGCUCUCAUGAAACAUGUUCUCGAUAAAACUUUUUGUUGAAUUUA